AGAAAAAGAAAGAUAUAGCAAAACCACUAUCUUCCUCUCUCUCUCUCUCUCUCUCUCUCUCUCCUUUCCCUUCAUGCUUCAACAUUUGUGAACCUCCUUGCUUUCUCCCAUGGAAACCAUUCUCUCCCCUCAUUCUCUAUCCCCUCUCUUCAACCCCAAACCUUCAUCUCCAAAGACCCUACUGUCCUCUCUCCAACCCAAAUCACACUCUCUUUCUCUCACCAAACCUAUUACCUCAAGCCUCAAAAAACACCAACUUCAAUCACUAAAGCCAUCUUUACCAAUACCCACAAGCUGGUUUUCUUAUGCCCAACAAGGACUAGCAGCUCUAGCUCUCACUCUAGCACUCAACUUUAGUCCACUCUUGCCUAGUGGCAAUGCACUAGCUUCUGAGUUUGAUGUACUUAAUGAGGGGCCACCUAAAGAAACUUACGUAAUUGAUGAUGCAGGUGUGCUUAGUCGAGUGACAAGGUCGGACUUGAAAAGGUUGUUGUCUGAUUUAGAGUCAAGGAAGAACUUCCAUAUUAACUUCAUCACUGUUAGAAAGCUCACCAGCAAAGCUGAUGCUUUUGAGUAUGCUGACCAAGUUUUGGAGCGUUGGUAUCCCUCAGUUGAAGAGGGGAAUGAUAAGGGCAUAGUUGUGCUUGUUACCAGUCAAAAGGAAGGGGCAGUAACAGGUGGACCUGCAUUUGUCCAAGCUGUUGGAGAAACUAUUCUUGAUGCCACUGUAUCAGAAAACCUCCCUGUAUUGGCUACAGAAGAAAAGUACAAUGAAGCUGUCUAUAGCAGUGCCAAAAGGCUAGUAGCUGCCAUCGAUGGGCUUCCAGAUCCCGGUGGACCUACGUUUAAAGACAAUAAACGUGAAUCCAAUUUCAAAACCAAGGAAGAGACUGAAGAGAAGCGGGGACAGUUCUCUCUUGUAGUUGGAGGUUUGUUAGUGAUUGCCUUUGUUGUUCCUAUGGCACAAUACUAUGCUUAUGUCUCUAGGAAGUAAUGCCAUUUGUAAUUCUAAAUUCUUCUAUUAAAUUACUUCAUUUAAGAUUCGUAACAACGUAUAACAUGCUGUUGUACAAAUGAUCAUGUUAAAAGUUUUCAUGAGAAAAUCAAAAAGUAAGAACAGAGCUUUGUUUAUAAUUGUAAUAUAUGUGUUCGACAACUUCAGUAAUCUA